AUGCAAAGUCUAUAUGGAGAAGCCAUGAAGGUUAAUUCUUCAGGUAUGCACACAAAUGAUGAACUGUUACGUUCGUUUACAAUUAACGAAAUUGCCUCCCUUAGCUGCAUUAUUCAUCUUGAAAUGGAGGACGAUUGUGAAUCGAUUCAGGACCUGAUGUCCAUUCUGGCCAAUUCCACCUUGGUCGAUGUUCAGCUAUCAUCCCGUGACGACAUGGUGAACCAUUCUGAAAAAGCGAGAAGCUGGAACGAGACACAGGUCGCUACCACACGAACAUUACUCGCUCGGGAUCUGGACCAGGCGUCAAAUACGACAGCUUCCGCUUCGCAUUCUCCGACAGUGACUGCAGACGCGUGGAAAAAUCCCAGUGAUAUUACUGCGAUCGUGAUCGGAUCUGUUGCUGCAGCUUCCCUCGCGGCUGUUCUGAUCGGAAGCACCGUGUUUGCAUGCACGAAGUUCUUUCGCGGCGAGCCUGUCUUUUCCAUGUCUGGAAAGAAGAAUAGUGCUGAUGCAGACGUUGAGAAAGCAGAAAAUGUGACGGUCGAGAGUCGCAGCAAGCACACCGCCAUCUUGACGCAGGACGCACCAUGGACAAAGCGGCCAUCCCCCGAGCAACAGCCUCGCGAGAAUAGCGGCCAGAUUCUCCUUUCUUCCCUUCUCCUUUCUAAUACAGCGAUAGUGGAGACCGAGCUGCGUGCUCCAUAUACCGACCUCCGUGGCGAACAUGCAAUUUGCGCCACGCUUAGGGCUUAG